CAACGAAGUACACGUAUUGUUAUGAACCGGGUGUAUUCGACUUUGAGGAGCCGAACUUGCAAUCGAUCCUGCUUGGGCCCCAUUUGAACCGCGACGACUAGUCUCUCUUCCCCGCUCGUCGGGCCCUCUGCGGAGGACGACGGGCGUGGACGUCGGCCUCUGCCAGAUGUUGUACUCGGAUCCGCCUCCGCUCCGCGACGCCGCGCAGGACAAACCUUCACUUCUCGUGUGCUGGUGGAUAACGAUCUUCUGCACCGUCAUUAUUCUGCUGCGCGUGACCGGCCGCUUCAUCCGAUCCGAGAAGCUCUUCCGAGAAGAUCGAAUCGCUUCCCUCGCCUUGAUUCCCAUGUAUCUGCGAAUGGGAUGUGUGCACUUCAUUCUCCACCACGGUACCAACAACGCCCAGUUGGAAGGUGUCAACCUAACGGCCCUGGCUUUGGAACGAAAGACAAUCGCCAGCGGUUUGGUCCUGGCGUCUCGCAUUUUCUAUGCGGCAACACUGUGGAUCUUGAAGGAAACCAUUCUGGAGUACUUCAGACGACUCACGGAGAGCGCGUCGGAACGCUAUGCCGCACGGGCUCACAUGUUCAUUCGAUGUGCCCUUGGCGUGACUUUUGUCGCCAUCCUCAUCAGCACGCUAGCUGAAUGUCAGCCGUUUCAUGGCUACUGGCAGGUUCUGCCCGACCCGGGCGGUCAGUGCCGGCAAGCCUAUGCUCAGCUCAUCACUUUCGCCGUCUGCAACGUCCUCACCGACCUCAUGCUCGUCUUCUUCCCCAUCCCCAUGAUCCUCCAAAGUGCAUUAGGAACCAAGAAGAAGGUUCAGCUUACCCUCCUUUUUUCUCUCAGCCUGGUCGUGGUUGGGAUUACUCUGUUCCGGGUCCCUCACAUCAUCCAGGAGCACGGCAGCCAGCAAAUGCGGAGCCUGCUCGCAUCCGUUGAGCUCUUGUUCGCCACAACGGCCGCCAAUUCCCUUGUGUUAGGCUCGUUCGUGCGAGACCGAGGCGUGAAGAAGGGAAAGUUCCGGUACGGCUCGGUGGCAGCCAACUCGAUCGAUCGGACCCUCACCUCGAGACGUCCCAUUGCGCAGCGGCAUUGGGGCAGCGACGUGGAUCUGGUCAGGGACAUCGGCGUAGGGCUCCAUCCCGAGCUACGUCACACCCUGGAAGCGGAGCACGACGAUGGCCAAUUCCCCAAAUUUAUGCCGGCGCCGCUGGCUAAACGAUUCGGCGACGACCUGAAGCAUUGGCAUUCGCCCCGAUUCAGCAAAGGCCACGGGGAGAGCAGCGAGAGGAGCGACGACUCCCUGCUACAAAGAGAACGGUCCCUGGCCUCGCGGAGCAACUCGACGGCCACGCCUCACAGAGUUUCAUUCUUUGACGUGGGGGGUCUUCUGGAAGAACAAGACCAGUCGAGCAGCUCCAAGUACAGACACGACAGUAACGUCUCCAACGUCGAUCCGUUAUCGCCCGCAAAGCCGGCUUCGUCAUCGGGCCAACGCAGAGGAUCAACGGCGGUACUCCAAGAUAUAAAUGGGAUGCUAAGUCCCACGAGCUCUUCUACGGCUCGUCAGGAUCGGAAGAACCCCACCGAGAUGCAACCCUUGCCCCACGGUCAUCACACGAACCGCCCCGUUUACGACCAGAUGUCAGCCGAUGCACCCGAAUUGAUCGACGCCGGCGGACUGCUCAAGUGAUUUUUCUUAGUAUUAUUUCUUUUCCGUUACGACCCAAUGACACCAGCCUCCGACAUACUACGCCGCCGCAUUCACUCACAUAACAUUCACUACAUACUCGGACACACCCACAAGUCCGCACACCCGCACACACCUACGGCACACACUUUGC